UCCGCACCGCUGUGCAGCAGCUAAAGGCUCAGAGACUGCACUCUCCCUGUUGUCUCUCUUCAGCAACAAGUGCAUUGCUUUCCACCCUCACUGCUUGCUCCCCACAAGGAAGGGAUGGAGGCCUUGUCCUCCCUUCUCCUCCUCUCAGUGACUGCUUGAAGAAGCACUUCAUCACAUUGCUGUGGAAGCUGAUACCCACAUAUUUGUGUCUUUAUCCCUAAAGCACGCGGUUCUGCAGCUCUGGAGGAGCAGGCUAGAACGUGACAACAAAAGCUUUAAGGAACGAGGUUAAAUUGUAUUUUAAGAAGUCAAGUUAUAUUUUAAAAGGGCAAAGGGAGCAGUUGCAUAACUGGUGAGUGACCUUGUAGCCUUUGUGCACACAAGCAGAUCCACCAGCUAAGAUGGAAAGGAAACAAUGUCACUACAUCUGCUUGGAGAAGUGAAGGCCGUGGAAUGAAGCGCUCCCUGAGGGAAACCUGAUAUCACCUUCCCCUGCAGUGAGGAGGCGAACCAACCGGCCCAGAGCAUCCUGACAAGACAAGGGUGACUGGCAGCUCUACUGUCCAAUCACAUGGCGGCCUUCGCGCCCCGGGUGGGCGGUGCUUCCUGGUCCGCCGUGCUGGUCGGGUCGCGGUGCCGGUCCCGGUUCACGGAGGUGAUGGGGGCCCCAGGCGACGCCGGCGGAGCUGGAGCGGGGCCGGGAUCCGGGCCGCCGCCCGGGGACCUGCGCAGCGUGCUUAUCACCAGCGUGCUGAACCUGGAGCGGCUGGAGGUCGACCUUUUCAGGGGCCAGCACCACUGGGUGCCCGCCACGCAGCGCCUCUUCGGCGGGCAGAUCGUGGGGCAGGCGCUGGUGGCGGCGGCCCACGCCGUGAGCCGCGACGAGCAGGUGCACUCGCUGCACUGCUACUUCGUGCGGACAGGGGACCCCAAGGUGCCGGUGCUGUACGAGGUGGAGCGGACCCGCACAGGGAAGAGUUUCUCUGUUCGCUCUGUAAAGGCCAUCCAGCAUGGAAAGCCCAUCUUCACCUGCCAGGCCUCCUUCCAGCUCUCGCAGGGGAGCCCAGUGCAGCACCAGUUCACCAUGCCGACCGUGCCACCCCCCGAGGAGCUGCUGACACAGGAGGAGCUCAUCCAGAAGUUUCUGCAGAAUCCUAAUUUGGCUGAGGGAUACAGGAAGCGUCUCACCAAGAUCCAAGCUCAAGAUGUGCCAAUCGACAUUAAACCUGUGAACCCACCAGAUAUAUUCAGCUCAGAGCCACAGGAGCCAAAGCAGCUCUUCUGGGUGCGAGCACGAGGCUACAUAGGAGAGACUGACAUGAAGGUGCACUGCUGUGUGGCUGCCUACAUCUCUGACUACGCCUUCCUGGGCACGGCCCUGCUCCCGCACCGGCAGUACCGCGUCAAGUUCAUGGUGUCCCUCGACCAUUCCAUGUGGUUCCAUGCGCCCUUCCGAGCUGACCACUGGAUGCUGUACGAGUGUGAGAGCCCCUGGGCUGGUGGGUGCCGGGGCUUGGUGCAGGGACGGCUGUGGCGCAGGGAUGGGGUCCUGGCUGUCACCUGCGCACAGGAAGGUGUCAUCAGGGUGGAACAGACACCAACCCAGAGCAAGCUCUAGCUGAGGACAUCCUACAGACUGGGGCUGAAGCAUGCCCAGGGAGGGACACUGAGAUGAAGGCAGGACCUGGACAGGAACAGGAAGGAGACCAGGUGGGACCAAGCACUGCAGGAAGUCCUGGUGCCAGAGGUGUCUGCGACAGACUGUGACCAACAGAGCAUCGUUGCAACCAGCUGCUAGCUGCACAGCAUGUAAGCACAUGCUGCCAUCAGCUAUCUUUCACCCACCUUAAAAUAAAGCCGUUGGGUGAAGA